AUGGUCUGUAUACCAGUGGAGUCCAGGGUGAACAUCUUCAUCAACAGCUUUGGGUCGAUUCAGGAGACCACCAUGGACUACAGAAUAAACAUAUUCCUUCGUCAGCGGUGGAACGACCCUCGCCUUCGACUUCCCACCGACUUUAAAAGUGACGCGCUGACUGUGGACCCGAAGAUGUUCCAGUGUUUGUGGAAACCGGACCUCUUCUUCGCCAAUGAGAAAAACGCCAACUUCCACGAUGUGACCCAGGACAACAUUCUCCUCUUCAUCUUCAGGAACGGAGAUGUUUUGAUCAGUAUGAGGCUGUCAGUGACUCUGUCCUGUCCCCUGGAUCUUACUCUCUUCCCAAUGGACACACAGUUAUGCAAGAUGCAACUGGAGAGCUUCGGCUACACCACCAGUGAUCUGGUCUUCAUGUGGCAGUCAGACCCAGUUCAGAUGGAUGAGAUUGCCCUACCUCAGUUCGACAUCAAACAGGAGGACAUCAAAUAUGGGAACUGCACGAAGUACUACAAAGGAACUGGAUACUACACCUGCGUGGAGGUCAUUUUCACUUUGCGUCGUCAGGUCGGUUUCUACUUGAUGGGAGUUUAUGCUCCGACCCUGUUGAUCGUGGUUUUGUCCUGGUUGUCUUUCUGGAUAAAUCCUGAUGCGUCAGCAGCCAGGGUGCCCCUGGGUAUUUUAUCAGUUCUCUCCUUAUCCAGUGAGAGUAUGUCCUUGGCGUCAGAGCUGCCGAAGGUUUCUUACGUGAAGGCCAUCGACAUCUGGCUCAUUGCCUGUCUGCUCUUUGGGUGUUUCUCUCUUGUGGAGUAUGCAGUCGUGCAGGUGAUGCUGAAUAGCCCUAAACGGAUUGAGGAGGAAAAAACUAAAAUGGCCGACAAAGAAAAAGCGCUGAGAGAGAGAGAAGGAAAGAAACCUGCAAAUAAAAACAACAACACAGUGAAUGGUACUGGUGGGACACCCAUACAUGUCAACACUCUGCAGCAGGUGGUUGAAACUCGCUGCAAAAAAGUUUGCACCUCUAAGUCGGACCUUCGAUCCAACGAUUUCAGCAUUGUGGGAUCUUUACCUCGAGACUUUGAACUUUCUAACUUUGACUGUUACGGCAAACCGGUGGAAGUGUUGGGGGCCCUCAAGUCCAAAAACAAAGCCAAUAAGAAACCGCCACCGCCUAAACCGGUCAUACCUGCUGCUGCCAAACGCGUCGACCUCUACGCAAGAGCGCUUUUCCCUUUCUCCUUCCUCUUCUUCAACGUCGUCUACUGGUCUGUCUACCUGUGAGGGCCUAGACCGACCAUACCGAUGCCUAAAAUACUCUUUGAAGUUCAUGUACAUAAUCCUACACUGCUGAAAUGAAGAUGGCUAAUGUAUUUUUUUUUUUUUUUUUCAUCAUGCUGCACUGAAACCUGUGGUCAAAUGGCGUUGAUUUAAGACCUAAAACACCCUAAAAGCCAUGCACUAGGUUGACACUGCAUGUGUGUCUCUGUUAAGAUAUUGUGCUUUAUAACCUUGCGCCAAUAUCUCUAUGCUGUAAAUAGUAAUACUGCAAGUGCUUUCAAUAUUGUCAGUAAGGCUCAAUUAAAUUCUAUUCCAGGAGAUAAUCUACUUCUGGUCUAAGUUCUGGCCCUUGGUCAAUUCCUAUAAACCAUCAAUAAUUUAAUGAAGGAAAAGUCAAGAGAAAUGUAUUCCGGUGCCACUGAUUGGACAACCUAUUUAAUUUGUGGUCAAAAGUCUUUGAAACUGUCUGUAAUGCCUCAAGAGUGUUGAAUAAAAUGUGCAGGUCCGAAUUAAAAUCAAUAGGUUAUUUGCCGAUGAAGUCAUUUUGUCACAAAGGAAGGCUGAAGGGCUGAAGGCAGGAACCGAAAAUGUAUUUCUAAAUUUACAGAUUUUCACACACCCCCCAAAAAACACAGACUUGUCAAAGACAAAACCAUACACAUGUAUGGACCGGAGGGCUAAUCACCAGCUAAAUACAAGCCAAAGUAGGGAACGAGGUAACGAGGUGCAGGUGCAGAGAUGACGAUGCAGGCAAAGAGCAGGGGAGGAAGCGAAGAGGAGAAAGUGGAAAGGAAAAGAAACAAAGGAGAAAACAUGCCAAGGUCAGACUAAAUUUCUCUUAAAAUACUGUAUAAUAAAAUAUAUUUUAUUAAAAAUUAAUACAGCUAAGGUUUAAAAUAUAUUGUGAGUGAAUUGUCUAAAAUCAACAAAAGAUAAAAGACAAAGCAGGAAUAUGGUCAGUCAAAGAAAACAAGAAACUGAUACUGAUAGUAAAUUACUAAAAACUACAAGUAAACAAUUUAUAAUGAGACGUUUUCUGCUUGUACGUAGAAAAAGAAAAGCAAAAAAAUUCCAAAAAACUUCAACCACACUUCCUGAACUUAGCCUGCACUUCCUGCAGGCUAAAACAUCCACCACCACUUGCUUGGUGGUAAAGCAGGAUUGUAACAUUAUUUAUUAUUAUUUAUAAAAGAUUAUUAUUAUUUAAGAUGUUCCUCGCUAAUUUUCAAAUUAUCAGAAAAUAAUCUUAAGGUAAUGGGAGCCUUUUUUUAAAGACAGUAUUCACAGAACAUUAGCCAUGGCGCUAACAGCGAUUAGCGCGUUGCUAAAGCUAAGCUAAAUGAAGCAAAAAUCGUUUGAAGCCUACUGUGGCCAUUCUCUAAGCUGGAGAUAAAAUGUAGCUGCAAGAUAAAUAAGUAAAUAUAACAGAGACAUAAAAAAGAGUAAGAACAGGCAACUCGUAUAUUUUAUUCAAACAAACAACAACCUAGCACAUUCCUAAAAGAGCGUUCCAGAAGUAUGUUGUGAUGUAAUAGUUUACUAAAAUUGAAAAUGGGGUUGAGCCUUAAG